UCUGUGGAACAAGGGAAAAGUAGUUGGAGAAAUGGCGGAAACCAAAAUAAUUUAUCACAUUGACGAAGAGGAGACGCCGUAUUUGGUGAAGAUUCCCAUACCGGCUGAGAAAAUCACUUUGCUGGAUUUCAAACAAGUCUUGAACAAGCCAAACUACAAAUUCUUCUUCAAGUCUAUGGACCAGGACUUCGGAGUGGUAAAGGAGGAAAUUUCUGAUGACGGUGCCAAGCUGCCCUGCUUCAACGGACGUGUGGUGUCCUGGCUGGUGUCCUCAGAUGUUCCUGCAGCAGAACCUGCUCCUCCUCCAGUGGAGGUCCAUGCUCAGCCCUCCCCUCCGCCUCCCCCACUUCCCCCCCCUCCAGUGGAGAGGACUGGGGGAAUUGGUGACUCCAGACCACCCUCAUUCCAUCCUAACGCUGCCGGCAGUGUGGAAACGCUGGAUGAGCAGACAGAGACGGAGUCUGUGGUCUCCUUCCGAAGAGAGAGGCCUCGGCACAGAGAAAGCAUGGAGCCCCAUGGGUCUCGUAUGAAUGGUCAGUCCCGCAUGGAGAGGCACUUGGCUGGUUAUGAGAGUGCCACCACAGUAAUGAGCAGUGAGCUGGACACCACCAGCUUCUGCGACUCGGAUGACGACGACACCAUGAGCAGGUUCAGUAGUUCUACUGAACAGAGCACUGCUUCCAGACUGCUGAAGCGGCAUCGUAGGCGUAGGAAACAGCGCCCCCCAAGGCUUGAGAGGGCAUCAUCUUUCAGUAGUGUCACAGACUCCACUAUGUCACUAAACAUCAUCACAGUCACACUCAACAUGGAGAAGUAUAAUUUCCUGGGCAUUAGUAUCGUGGGCCAGAGCAAUGAACGUGGGGAUGGAGGUAUCUACAUUGGCUCCAUCAUGAAGGGAGGAGCAGUGGCUGCUGAUGGGCGCAUUGAACCUGGGGACAUGCUGCUGCAGGUGAAUGAUAUUAAUUUUGAGAACAUGAGCAACGAUGAUGCAGUCAGAGUUCUGCGGGACAUUGUGCACAAACCAGGACCCAUCACGCUGACAGUGGCUAAAUGCUGGGACCCCUCACCUCAAGGCUACUUCACACUUCCACGCAAUGAGCCCAUCCGACCUAUAGAUCCUGCAGCUUGGGUCAGCCAUUCAGUGGCUAUGACGGGGGCCUACCCGGCUUAUCCAGGCAGUACCAUUACCUCCAGCUCCUCUGUUACUGAGACUGAACGUUUUGAUGAAUUUAACCUGUCCCUUCAUUCUGAUAUGGCAUCAGUGGCAAAGGCUAUGGCCUCUCCUGAGUCAGGCCUAGAGGUCAGAGAUAGGAUGUGGCUCAAGAUCACCAUCCCUAAUGCCUUCUUGGGGUCAGAUGUGGUUGAAUGGCUCUAUCACCACAUUGAGGGCUUUCAGGAUCGCCGGGAGGCUCGUAAGUACGCUAGUAAUCUGCUGAAGGCCGGCUUCAUCAGACACACCGUCAAUAAGAUCACUUUCUCUGAGCAGUGCUACUACAUCUUUGGAGACUUCAGUGACUGUGAGAACUACAUGGCCAACCUGUCCCUCAAUGAUAAUGACGGCUCCAGUGGUGCUUCUGACCAGGACACACUAGCCCCUCUGCCGUUACCUGGGGCAACACCAUGGCCUCUGCUACACUCUUUCCCAUACCAGUACCCCCACCCGUAUUCUAGCCAGCCUCCACCCUACCAUGAGCUCUCCAGCUACAGCUAUGCCCCAGGAAGCACUGGCAGCCAGCACAGUGAGGGGAGUCGGAGCAGUGGCUCUACUCGGAGUGAAGGCGAGAGGAGGCGGGGCAGUAAGAGUGGAGCUAGCAGCACGGUGGGUGGCAGUAUGCGUGAUGACAAAUCUCCGAACGGGGGCGGGGCGGACUCUCGCUCAGGCAGUGGCAGCGAGUCUGAAUAUUCUGUGCGCAGCAGCCUAAGACGGGACCAUGGCUCGGCCACGCCCAGCGAGCACAGCCAUGCCAGUCAGCGCUCGCAUCACCGGGCUCCGCCCCCUCACCUUGCUCCUUAUCCACCUGGCAUUCCCAUUCCCUACAACCCUAUGAUGGUGAUGAUGGUGCCACAACACCCACAUCCACAUCCAACACUGGGUGCAGCCCAUCCUCAGGCCCCCAACACGCCACUUCACCCUGGCCUGCCUCCCCCAAGCAACCCUGGAGGGCCUCCUGGAGCUCCUCCUACUCGUGAUCUGGGAUCAGUCCCACCUGAGCUCACUGCCUCCAGGCAGUCUUUCCACCUGGCUAUGGGUAACCCCAGUGAAUUCUUUGUGGAUGUUAUGUAGUGAAGGUUAUGCUGGGAUUGUGUCUGCAGGAUGAAUGACCUAGAGAGUGAAUGAACAAAUUAGUGAAUGAGAAACACGUGAGUUUUAAUCAUAUAAUAACUGAGCCGCACUCAGUGUGUGACUGAGAUAUAACAUUUGGUAUCAAUGCAGGAUAGCUCUUUAGAGUUGGUGUCUAUCUGCUAGUAGGAACAGGGUUUCUGUAUAAUGCUAGAAGUCUUGCACAGUUCCCAUUUAGCACAACAAUGUAAGAUGGAUUUGGUCUCGCUGACAUAAAAUGCAACAGGGUUUUGCCUCCCUAAUCGUACUGUUAAAAAGUGUUUCCUUCACCAAAUAUUUCUUGACUUUUUUCUGUAAAUAUUUUACUCAUCAUGCAGGGUGCAUGAUACUGCCAUUUACAUAGGAAAAUUUUUGAGGGCCCCUUCUGCGCUCUGAUAAUAUUUGUCUUGGCAAAAGACAUACUGCCAAAUGUUAGUUCUUUUGAUCUCAGAAUUUGUUUGGGUUCAUCAGUUUCUACACAACCUGCAUACUUUAUAUUGAUUGGAAAAUAUAAAAUCAUCUUUUCCAUUGGGACACUAUUGGGCUUUCACAAAAAUAAUUAAAUGAAAACUAGUCAUUUUGGGAAAAUAUGUUAAACAAUUAGUUUUCUAAAAAGAAAAAAAUGACCAAGUUUGCAAAGGAUAAUGGAUGUGUUUGAUGAGGCAGCUAUGAAGUGACAUUAGUAAGCAGAAAUCCUUGUAGACAUGCUCCUCCAAAAUAGGGCAAAGAUCUAAUAUUCCUUUGCAAAAUUAAAUUGCUGUAAUUAGUGACAUUAAAUGUGAAAACAGGGUGAUGAACAUUUAUUUACUAUUGUCAUUUUCUAUGGGGUUGUGGACUGAAGUUGAUUUCAUUUAGGUCCAGUAUAAUCAUCAAAAAAAAAAAAAAAAAAAAAAAAAAAAAAAAAGCCCAAACGUCCACUUCCAGACACAUCCUAAUAUGUUAGCGGGCUAAAAUCAUGGUACAGGUACUCCAGGUACUCAGAGAGGAAGAGUUGAUACCAAAACUGGUGCUUGUGCAGGGUAAUAUGGGCUGGUUUUAUAAUCCUCAUAUUUCACCUUUCUACUUGUUUUCUGUAGGCCAACAAACAUAACCAUUUUUGUAUGAAAAUAUAUAGAUGUAAUCAGAACAUACAGGUGCUAAAUGAAGAUGUGUCUCAGAACAGUGCCACUUGUGUGUAAUGUUUUGAUAUGUUGUCACUUUUUUUUCGUACUCAAAAUAAAUUUGUAAUAGAA